AUGCCAAGUUUUCUCUACUCCCAAUUCUUUGUUCGCCCGUCCUACCCUGAGCAGUCCUUCGCUGAUCAGACGGUGCUCGUCACUGGCGCCAACGUCGGCCUCGGACUUGAAGCAGCCCGCCAUGUCGUUCGCCUGGGAGCUGCCCGUGUCAUUUUGGCAGUGCGCAAUGUACCUGCCGGCGAAGAGGCCAAGAAGAAUAUUGAAACCUCGACCGGACGGCGUGUCUGUGAGGUGUGGGAAGUUGACCUAGCCUCCUACAAGUCGGUUGUGUCCUUCGGGGAUCGUAUCGCCCAGCUACCCCGACUCGAUGCGGCUAUUCUUAAUGCUGCGGUCGCGACUCGUAACUUUGAAGUCGCUGAAGGUUUCGAACGCACCAUUACUGUGAACGUCGUCAGCACACUGUUGCUCUCGCUCUUUGUCCUUCCAGUACUAAAAGCUACCAAAAAGAAGAUUCCGGAGAGCCAGCCACGGCUUACAUUCGUGGUCAGCGAAGUCCACGCCUGGGUUGGUCUUCCUGAGUGGAAGUCCGACAAUAUUCUGCAGACUCUCUCCAAUCAGUCAACAGCAAAGAUGAGCGAGCGCUAUCCACUGUCGAAACUUCUGGAAGUACUACUGGUCCAAGAGCUCGCUGGCAGAGUACGCGGAUCAGAGGUAAUCAUCAAUAUGAUCAACCCUGGUCUCUGUCAUUCAGCCCUGGGACGCGAGGGUGGGUUGUCGUUCUACCUAUUCAAACUGAUUCUCGCCCGGUCUACCGAGGUGGGAUCGCGAAUCAGCGCUGGGCUUGAAAGCCACGGCGCUUAUAUGAGUGACGGACACGUUGAAAACACGGCAUUUUCUCAGUUUGUGCGCAGUGACGAAGGUCGACAGGCGCGCCUCAAGCUGUGGGAUGAAGUUUCGGCCAUCUUGGAAGCUGUAAGGCCGGGUAUCAUGCAGAAUGUGUAA